UUGACGGUUAAACAACUGACAAGUGACAAGUUCAAAAUUUAGGUUAUGUUAUUACUUUCUAUUCCUAUUCAGUGCUUUAUUAAUCGGAUUAUUGUCAAUGUGAUUAUCUAACUGCUUUUAAUUCAUUAAAAUACGUCUCCUAAUUUAUAAUUGUGUACUACAUAAUAAUUCAUAUUUAAACAAUAUAAAAAUCACUGAAAAAGAGAAAAAAAGUACGUCAGCUGAUCACUUAUUUACACUUUAAGAUCACAUCACAAACAGCGCUGUUGGCCAUCUGUCAACAAGCAAAUUACAAUUUAGCUUUGUCAAAAUUGCUAAUUUAUGUGUUCUAAACAAAUUAGCCUUUUCCGUUUCAUAUAAUUUUGUAGUUUUUUCGUUAGAAGAUGAACGCCAGGUCGUGAAUCAUUAAUAAUUCACCGCUUUGACCUGGCGAUGGCAGGAGAUUCUUAUGAAGUUUCAAUAAAAGCUCUUAGUACUAAAACAAUCGCCUUAUUGUCGACACUUCUCAAUCCGCCCAAGAUUAUUCUCACCGAGGACGGAUUGCCACGCGAUUGGAAUGGGUUAGCGGAAUUAGUUGGAAUUAGCGGGGAAUGCAUACCAAGUUUGCAGAAUGCUAAGGAUCAUACUAAAAAACUGUUAAGUGUGUGGCACGAGAAGGAUCAAAAGUCCAGUACCAUUUGCAACCUUUUGACUCAUUUAGAGAAAUUGGAUCGGUUCGAUGUUGUAGAGGACGUACAAUAUUUUAUUGAUGAGGACAUAAAAGCCUAUCAACCAACUUGUGAAAAAGACAAAUUGAGCAAUGUAAACCCUGGUUUAGAUUCUCUUGUGUUAACAAGGGAAGACAUUGUGAGGUUGGAAAAUGGUCUUGGACCACAACAUUACGACGCCUUUGUUUUAUUUGCUGACGAAGAUGCCAACUUUGCCACAGAACUCAUCGACAAAAUGGAAAACGACUACAAGUUAAAACUGUGCACACGAGAUCGCGAUUUAGUCGCGGGAAUUUUUGAACACGAAGCUAUAAUGAAACUGAUAUCGUUGAGGUGCGACCGCUUGGUCCCUGUACUAUCGCCGGCAUUCUUGGAUAGUUACUCUAAUAAAUUUAUUUGUAGCUUUGCUCAGUCGCUAGGAAUUGAACAACAAACACGCAAAAUAGUACCGUGCCUUUACACGCCUUGUCAAGUGCCUUCAGAUCUAAAGUGUCUUUUUAUGCUGGAUUAUCAGCGACAAGGAAAGUUCUCCAACUUCUGGAAGAGGGUUCGAGAUUCCAUUAAGAUGGUUAACCAAUCUCCAGUGCCUACCUCUCCCAUAUAUAGAUCUUCAUCUCAGCAAAUACCUCAGACGCCUCCGAUUGCGGAAACUAAUCAUAUCGCUAUUGUACCUGACAUAACUCAUGAAAGCAGCUUGCUGAAGCCAAAGAAAAAUGGUGUUAAAUUUAGUAGUAUGAUUAAUCUGCCUAGUAUAGAAAAUGAUGAAAUUGUUAGCUCCAUUUCGGAAACAGACAGUCUACCCGCACAAAUUGUUGAGGUCAAAAAGAGCAAAAUUAAAACUGGGUGGCUUAAAAAGAUCUUAUCGAAUAAAAACCACAAAUGUUCAGAUGCAAAUCACGAAUCGCAUAAAAAGAAUCUAUUUCGUAGCAUUAAACGAAAAGUUGCUAUAGCGAAUUAACGUUUAAGUUAGUUUCUAUUUCUAUUUCCAUAUAAAGUAAGCUAUUUUUUGUUGCAUUUACUAACUCUUGUUUUAAGUUAAUUGCUUGUUUUAAACACACCAAUCUGCAUGAUUAAACAGCAUAAGUAUUAAAGACCUGUAUAUAAUGUAAAUAGAAAUUUUGAACUUUUCCAUUGUUGUAAACACAGCCAUCACAUUUUAAAGUGCCAUUACUUGUGAAAUUAUUUUGUUAUAAGAUUCAAUAUUUUUAAAUAAAUAUCUAUCUUGAAUAUA